GCGCGCGCGAGAGCGCGAGGGUGAGAGAGAGAGAGAGUCGAUGCCGAUUGUUUGUGUAUUGAAAGGAAGCUGGUGUAGCGCUGGGUUCGGAUUACCUGCUCUGCUUGAACUCCGAAUUUCUUGUCCAUUCUGUCUGGGAUUUUUUUCCCCCUCGUCAGGAUGAGCCAAGCCAGGCCUCGGCCCCGGCCGGACGAGUUCAUCCCACCACCGGAGUGCCCGGUCUUCGAACCCAGCUGGGAGGAAUUUGCUGACCCGUUUGCUUUCAUCAACAAGAUCCGGCCCAUCGCUGAGAAGACGGGCAUCUGUAAGAUCCGCCCGCCGCCGGAUUGGCAGCCCCCAUUUGCUUGCGAUGUUGACAAACUGCACUUCACCCCACGGAUUCAGAGGCUGAAUGAAUUGGAGGCUCAGACAAGAGUGAAGCUAAACUUCCUUGAUCAAAUUGCCAAGUUCUGGGAGCUGCAGGGAUGCACGUUAAAAAUUCCACACGUGGAAAGGAAGAUCUUGGACUUGUAUCAUUUAAACAAGUUAGUGGUGGAAGAAGGAGGAUUUGAUGCAGUCUGCAAAGACAGGAAGUGGACCAAAAUAGCACUAAAAAUGGGAUUUGCUCCUGGAAAGGCAGUUGGUUCCCAUAUUCGAGCCCACUAUGAAAGGAUUCUUUAUCCAUACAACCUUUUCCAGUCUGGAGCUAGCCUUCUGGCUCCUGAGCCUCCCACCAAACUGAUGUCUUUGGGGGCAGAAAAAACACUGGACAAGUGUGUCCAGAAACCUACCUUAACAAAUGAUGUUAAAGACAAGGAAUACAAGCCUCAUGAUAUUGCCCAGCGUCAGUCUGUGCAGCUAAGUGACAGCACCACUCCUGCCCGUCGGGCCAAACGCAUGAGAGCUGAAGCAGGGUGUGUGAAGGUGGAGCCAGGAGAGGUAUGUGAUUACCGGCCCAACCUGCGCAGAAGAAUGGGCUCAGUUGUUACAAAGAACGAGUUUGAAAAGGAUUACUUCCCUCUUGUGAAGCAAGAGCCCAUUGAGACUGCUGUUGAUCAAUAUGAAAAACCUAAGGCACGACACAAGAAGCCCCCCCCAGCAGUGAGUAUAGUUGACCUGUAUGUCUGUCUGGUAUGUGGGAGUGGAAGUGAUGAGGACCGCCUACUCUUGUGUGAUGGCUGUGAUGACAGUUACCACACAUUCUGUCUAAUCCCUCCUCUGCAUGAUGUGCCUAAAGGAGAUUGGAGGUGCCCAAAGUGUCUGGCACAGGAGUGCAGCAAGCCACAGGAGGCCUUUGGCUUUGAGCAGGCAUACAGAGAUUAUACACUGCGAGCUUUUGGAGAAAUGGCAGAUGCUUUCAAGUCGGAUUAUUUUAAUAUGCCAGUUCAUAUGGUACCUACCGAAUUGGUAGAGAAAGAAUUCUGGCGUUUAGUCAGCACCAUUGAAGAAGAUGUCACAGUGGAGUAUGGAGCUGAUAUUGCAUCCAAGGAGUUUGGAAGUGGGUUUCCUGUUAGGGGUGGUCGAUUUAAAUUGGCCCCCGAAGAGGAGAAUUAUCUGGACUGUGGUUGGAACUUGAACAACAUGCCAGUAAUGGAUCCUUCUGUCCUUACCCAUAUCACUGCUGAUAUCUGUGGGAUGAAGUUGCCCUGGCUGUAUGUUGGCAUGUGCUUCUCUUCAUUCUGCUGGCAUAUUGAGGACCACUGGAGCUACUCGAUCAACUAUCUGCAUUGGGGGGAGCCAAAGACAUGGUAUGGAGCUCCAGGAUAUGCUGCGGAGCAACUUGAAGAUGUCAUGAAAAAACUGGCUCCAGAGCUUUUUGAGUCCCAGCCUGACCUCUUGCACCAGCUUGUCACCAUCAUGAAUCCAAACACUUUGAUGGCUCAUGGAGUACCGAUUUACCGGACAAAUCAGUGUGCGGGGGAGUUUGUGAUCACAUUCCCUAGAGCAUACCACAGUGGCUUCAAUCAGGGCUUCAACUUUGCAGAGGCUGUCAAUUUCUGCACCAUGGACUGGGUUCCAUUGGGCCGCCAGUGUGUGGAUCAUUACCGUCUCCUUCAUCGCUACUGCGUGUUUUCCCAUGAUGAGAUGAUCUGUAGGAUGGCUUCAAAGGCAGAGUCCCUAGAUGUAGUUCUGGCGUCAACUAUUCAGAAAGAUAUGGCAAUCAUGAUUGCUGAGGAAAAGGUGCUGCGGGAUAAAGUUAGAAAAAUGGGGAUUAUUCAUUCUGAUACUGAGGAAUUUGACUUGCUGCCAGAUGAUGAGCGACAGUGUGCCAGGUGCCGAACCACCUGUUUCCUGUCAGCCAUUACGUGCCCCUGCAGUCCUGGAGUUUUGGUGUGUCUCUUUCAUGCUGAAGACCUGUGUCCAUGUCCUGUAAAGAAUUACACCCUCAAGUAUAGUUAUACACUGGAUGAUCUUUACCCCAUGAUGAAUGCUUUAAAACAACGGGCAGAAUCAUAUGAUGAGUGGGCUUCAAAUGUAACAGAAAUUCUGGAGGCUAAAUUGGACCAAAAAAGAAGUUUAGAGGAAUUCCAGUCACUUAUGAAAGAAUCUGAGCGAAGAAACUUUCCUGACAAUGACCUGCUACGACAUCUACACCUAGUGACACAGGAUGCAGAGAAGUGUUCCACUGUCGCACAGCAGCUGCUAAAUGGAAAACGGCAAACCAGGUACCGUGCAGGUGGAGGAAAAUCACAAAAUCAGCUUACAGUGGAAGAACUCCGUGCAUUCAUCAAGCAGCUCUAUACUCUGCCCUGCAGCAUUAGUCAAACAUCUUUGUUAAAGGACCUGUUAAGCCGUAUUGAAGAUUUCCAGCAGCGCAGUGAAAAAAUACUAUUGGAGGAAGUACCCUGUGUGUCAGAAGUCCAGGAACUGCUAGAAGUGAGUGUGGACUUUGAUGUUGACCUGCCUCAGCUACCUAUGUUGCGGGAGAGGCUUGAGCAGGGUCGAUGGCUACAGGAGGUGCAGCAGGCCUCUGCUGAGCCUUCUGUCCUGACUCUUGAUGACAUGAGACGACUUAUAGACCUUGGAGUAGGCUUGAGUGCGCACCCAUCUGUUGAAAAGGCAAUGGCCCGCCUUCAAGAGCUUUUGACCAUCUCUGAGCUUUGGGAAGACAAGGCUAAAAGUCUCCUGAAAUCAAGAACACAUCAUGCUGUUGAAACUCUGGCUGCGGCUGUUGAAGAGGUGGACAACAUUCCUGCAUACUUACCUAACUGUUUGCUGCUGAAAGAAUCUGUUCAGAAGGCCAAGCAGUGGCUCCAGGAGGUUGAGGCAUUACAGCUUGGUGGCCGAGUGGCUGUUUUGGACACUCUGACCGAUCUUGUAACAAGGGGCCGGUUGAUCCCAGUUCAGCUUGAUCCUCUGGCAAGACUGGAGUCUCUUGUCUCUGAGGUCCAGGCUUGGAAGGAGUGUGCAGCUAAAACAUUCCUAGGAAAAAACUCGCCCUUCACUCUUUUAGAGGUGUUGUGUCCUCGAUGUGAAUUUGGAGUAGUGGGACUGAAGAGGAAACCAAAAAAGGCAAAAGAUGCUCCACCAUGUGGUAAAAAGAAAGUUACCAAGUUGGAGAGUGUUGGAGAUGUGGAGAGAGCUUUAUCAGAAAGCAAGGAUUCAGCCUCUGCUAUGGCGACUCUGGGUGAGGUCCGAUUAAAGGAACUGGAAAUUCUCAAUGCCCUUCGAGCUUUUAAUGAAGCCAAGUUGCUCCCAUCCACAGAUAAUGCAUCCAUUAAAGUUUGCUUGUGUCAGAAGCCACCCUCUGGUAGCAUGUUUCAGUGUGAACUGUGCAGAGAUUUGUUUCACAGUGGCUGUGUUACCGUUCCUAACUCCGUUGUCCAGCAGGGCUCCCAAGCCUGGCUGUGCCCACUGUGCCAUCAUUCUGAAAAGCCUCCCCUAGAGAAGAUUCUGCCUCUCUUAGCUUCCCUGCAGCGCAUCAGAGUGCGGCUCCCAGAAGGUGAUGCUCUACGAUAUAUGAUUGAAAGAACUGUGAGCUGGCAACACAGGUUCCAGCAGGUGUUUUCCUCUCGUAAUUUACCUUCCUUACAUGAGAGAGCUGGGCCUUCCCCAAGCCAUCAUCAAGGUGCAUUGACUCCAUCUGAAAAUAAUGGAAAGGCCAAUCCUACUGGGUCGUUAACACAGGAGAGUGUCAAAACCAGUGAACUACCGGCAGCUUAUUGCAUUGAACAAAAAUCAAUUUCUCUUCAAGGCUUAAGCUCUGAUUUAGAAGAGCUCAUGGUGGAGGCACUUCUUCUGCAGGUGUCUUUGCCUGAAAUCCAUGAGUUGUAUCAAAUCUUGCAAACAGGGCUAACAUCUCCAUGCUUGAGUGAACAUACCUCAGAGGCACUGCACAACUGUGACCGGCCAGGGAGCAGGUCGCCCAACUCUCAGGGAAGAAGCCCAUCAAGAAAUGAGCUUGGCUCCUGUAAUCUGAAGAAAGACCCUCUAAAUUCGGCAGACCGGAAGCAGAAGAGACGUUUAGACAAGGACGGGUUCAUAAUUGAGAAAAAAGAGCGUCUCAAAAAACCCUUCAUGCCACAGAAGAAGAAGAUGAAGCUCCAGAAGGAGACAUUGAGGGAUGUCAGUAAACCAGCAGGAGAGCCACGCCAGCAAACUGACUCCCCCACUAUGCUCUCUGACCUAUCAUAUUCCGAUGACUCUGAGGAGGAUAUUGCAAUCUGUCCUGCCGAAGAGUGCCAGCAGCCUGAAGGAGAGGAGCUGUCUGAGAUCCAGGAAGUACCCCUGAUGCAAGGUUCAUCCGAGCUAGAAGAAACUUCUUUGCAGGUAGACUGGGUCCAGUGCGAUGGCAGCUGCAACCAGUGGUUUCACCAGGUCUGUGUAGGAGUGUCAGCUGAACGGGCUGAAAAGGAGGACUAUAUUUGCAUCAACUGUACUGUAAGGGAAGGCCAAGGCAGGAAGUAAUGGCCCCCACACCUCAGCCCCUCCUUUCUGUCCGUCUGUCUGUCUCUCUCUCUCUUUCUCUUUCUGUCCUGCGUAGGGACAGGUUUUGUUUUAGUUUUGAGCCACAGGGCUGGGUGUGCAAUUAAGCCCCCCCUUCACCCUUCUUCCCCACCUUGCCCCUAAAUGGUGCUAUGUCCUGCCCCAUACCUUCCCUAAUUAUCACAUUGGGAAUGUUUUUUGACUCCUUGUUCACUUUUUUGUAUUUUGAAAAAAAUUGUGUCCCGUUUUUCUCUUCUAUAAAUUGAUUGAUAUUGUUUGGAGACACAACAGGAAAAAAAAAAACACAAUUUUUUGAAAAAAGGUCUGUUUAUUUAUUUGUUUACCCCUCCUGGCUGCAGAUGUUUCCUUCUUUUAUGUACCCCCCCAAUCCCUAGAUUUUUAUUUGGAGAGUCAAAAAUGGUUGCGUUCAUCUGUUAGAAUUGACUGCUCAGGUUUAUAAGGGAGUAUAUUUCACCAAAAAAAAAGAAAGAAUUCAGAGAGAGAGAUUGAUUGUUUUGGGUUUUUUCCUUUUUUAUUUUUUUAAAUUUUCUGGGAAGCCCACCGCUUUAAUAAUAGCAGCCGGAUAAUAUAAAAUAGGUUCCUUUUAUUGUUUUGUUUGUUUUUUUCUUUUUUUUUGUAGUUAUAGUUUUAUUUAUCUGAGCAAUAACUGGUCUGUGUCUGAGUUCAUUGGCUUUGAAAACUCUUCUGGACGGCGUGUUGGUGCUGUAGCGUUGGAUGCUUCCUGUUAGGCUGUAGGACCGUCCCUCUGAUGGACUUUUUCGUGUAGCGGAGAGGAAGAAAUCUGUAAACUGCCACCCACCCCUAUCCCGCUGUAUUUUGGCUUUCCUUUUUUUUUUGUUUUUUUUUCUUUUUUCCCCCUUUCCCUUUCUUUGGUAGCUUGUUACAAAUGUUGCAGUUUAUAUUGUGAAAUAAAACCCUUUUGUUCAGUUAA